CUGUUCGCUGUGUUUCUCUCUCUCUCUUCACACGAACAUAACCUCAAAUGAGUGAACAUCUCUGUGGUUUUGCUCACUCUAUGAAACUCACACACGCUGCUUCAACCCUUACUCAGUGUAUUCUCUCUCAAUCACACACCAUGGCCGAAUGGCCUUUCUUUUCUUUUCCUUCCUUUCUCCUCAGCCUGUCUAACACGCUUGCUCAGCUUUGCAUUAAAACAAAAGCUGACUUUGGAAGCUUGAGGAAGUAAGCUCACUAAUUGAGCUUUGACUAAUGUUACAAGCAAGUGGGCUGGACCCUAGGUGCCACGCACCCAUCAGGAGUUACAUCUGAGGGAGCACUCAAUAUAUGUCAACUAGCUCACUAUAUAUUUCUUCAUUUUGUGCUGCAAUAAAAGGCAAAAAAAACCAUGAAAUUUGGGAAGGAAUUCACAGCACAAAUGGUGCCUGAAUGGCAAGAAGCAUACAUGGAUUACAAUCAACUUAAAUCGCUUUUGAAAGAAAUCCAACGCUUCAGGCAAAGAACCAAGCCACCAGCAACCCCAGCUGGCCUUAAACGAAAGCUCACACUUUAUAGAGCUUUUAGUGGCUUAACACAAAGAUACAACAACCCCACAAGCCCAUCAUCAGCUUCUGAUGACAUUGAAAGCCAAGCCAUUCUUGUCAAUUCUGUGAACCAUGGUGGCUCACAAAGUUAUCAAACUACGUUUCUCAUGUCCUCAGAUGAAGGUGGUGAAUAUGAAUUGGUUUACUUUAGGAGACUUGACGAUGAAUUCAAUAAAGUGAACAAGUUUUACGAGGCUAAAGUGGAGGAGGUGAUGAAGGAAGCAGCUAUGUUGAACAAACAAAUGGAUGCUUUGAUUGCUUUUAGGAUCAAAGUGGAGAAUCCUCAAGGGUGGUUUGAUAGGUCUGUGGAGAUGACUCGUCUUGCUUCUGAUGUUGCUGCUUCAGCAGCUGCGGUGGCAGCUUCUACACCAAAAGGAGCCAGAGCAAGUAGAAGAGUUCCCAUGUCCAUGGAUGUGAUUGAAGAGGGUCCGAGCAGCCAUGGACCAUCAUUAGACGAAUCAAGUGAUGACAAAGAGAAUGAAAUUGUCAACCAAAUGGUUCAAGAACAGAGGCUAAAGAACAUGAAGGGAACUAGACCAGCUCCUCUUGAAAUACUUAGUCAUGUGAAAAUGAACAACACUCUAGAGACUCCUCGUUCAACCAUUAAGGGCUUCCUCAAUUACCCUAUGCAGACAGAGCUGAAUUUCACGAGGGAAAAUUUGAGAAAAGUUGAAGAUCAACUUAAGCGAGCUUUUGUUGAAUUUUACCAGAAGCUUAGGCUUCUGAAGAACUACAGCUUCUUAAACACACUAGCAUUUUCAAAGAUCAUGAAGAAAUAUGAUAAGAUCACUUCAAGGAAUGCAUCAAAAUAUUACAUGAAAAUGGUGGAUAAUUCCAACCUUGGCAGUUCUGAUGAGAUUACCAAACUUAUGGAAAGGGUUGAAGUUACAUUCAUCAAACAUUUCUCCAAUUCUAACCGCACCAAAGGCAUGAAAAUCUUAAGACCCCAGGCAAUGAGAGAAAGACAUAGGACAACAUUUUCCACAGGUUUUUUGGCUGGCUGCACAGUAGCUCUGAUAUUAGCCCUUAUUUUAAUUGUCCGUGCCCGCAAACUCAUGGGUAAGCCAAAGGCAACACAGUACAUGGACACCAUGUUUCCUCUUUACAGCUUGUUUGGCUUAAUAGUUCUGCACAUGAUUAUGUUUUCUGCCAAUAUAUUCUUCUGGAGGCGAUACCGGGUCAAUUAUUCCUUCAUAUUUGGAUUCAAGCAAGGAACCGAGUUGGGGUAUCGAGAAGUUCUCCUCCUCAGUUUUGGUCUUGCAGUGUUAGCACUAGCCAGUGUGCUAUUAAACCUUGACAUGGAGAUGGAUCCAAAAACAAAAAAUUAUGGAACAUACACCGAAAUUCUGCCGCUGACCUUGGUUUUUCUUGUGUUCAUCGUAUUAUUCUGCCCAUUUAACAUCAUUUAUCGCUCAAAUCGUUUCUUCUUCCUUGCAUGUCUCUUUCACUGUAUCUGUGCUCCUUUGUACAAGGUGACACUCCCAGAUUUCUUCUUGGCAGAUCAGUUCACUAGCCAGGUGCAAGCCUUGAGAAGUUUUGAGUUCUACAUUUGCUACUAUGGUUGGGGCGACUUCCAGCACAGAGAGAACAGGUGUGAAGAAAGCAAAGUAUACAAAACUUUCCUUUUCAUUGUUGCAGUAAUUCCAUACUGGUCUCGAUUCCUUCAGUGUCUCAGGCGCCUGUUUGAAGAGAGAGAUCCCAUGCAAGGAUAUAAUGGCAUUAAGUAUUUUCUGACUAUUGUGGCUGUUAUCUUGAGGAUUGCUUAUAGUCUUGACAAGGGAAUGGGUUGGAAAACAUUAGCCGGGAUUUUCUCAGCCAUUGCAGCAAUUGUUGCUACAUACUGGGACCUUGUUAUAGAUUGGGGGCUUCUUCAACGUCGAUCUAAGAACCACUGGUUGAGAGACAAGCUCUUAGUCCCUCACAAAAGUGUAUAUUUUGGAGCAAUGGUGUUGAAUGUGUUGCUGAGGUUUGCAUGGAUGCAGACUGUAUUGGGUUUCCAAGUGUCUUUCUUACAUGAAAAUUCCUUAAUAUCCAUUCUAGCUAGCCUAGAGAUCAUUCGUCGUGGCAUAUGGAAUUUCUUUAGAUUGGAGAAUGAACAUUUGAACAAUGUUGGCAAGUACCGAGCUUUCAAGUCUGUGCCACUACCCUUCAACUAUGAUGAUAAUGAAGAUAAAGAUUAAUAGGCUAUUUCAACAUCUACAUAAAUAAUAUAUAUAAGACCAAGGAAAAAAAGGAAGGGUUUUUUUUUUUUUUUUUUUUUUUUUUUCUUGGGAGAUGCUGAGAAUUGAGAUGGAGGCGCAUUAAUAUUUUUGGGAAGGCAGUCCAUGACCGUGACAGUCUCACAUGAUGUAUUUAUGUUGAUAAAUUCGAUUUUUAUGUUUUUUUUCCUAAAUAAUAAUAGAUUUUAAUCCUAUAUAGAACCCAUAAUUAUUGGAAUUUACCUGACCUCAUAAACCAAGUUGUAACAAAAAAUUUUCUUUUGUUUCCAAGGUUCUUCUACACUACUAUCAAUGCAUUCCUCCCUUCAUGAACUAUGACACAAGCAGACAACAUUGAACGUAGUCAGGUAAAAAGGCAAAACUAUACUACGGGUAAUCUUUAAUGGGUUCCAAUAGGGUGGGUUAGGGUGUGCCCUUAUUUAUUUUUUCACAUGAUAUAUAUGUGUGUGUGCGCGCGCGCGCGCCCUUAUUUAUUUUUAGGAUAAUUACAGUUUAUCCACCUGUGGUUUGUCUCUAAUUUGACUUGCCUACCCGUGCUUUCAAUUUUGACACUUUACCCACCUGUGAUUCCCUUUGAUACUAAUUCGUAACCCACCUCUCCUUCAGCCAUUAUUCUAACACAUAAUAUGUCAAAAGCAAAAGCCCAAACAUAUCAAAACACUCCUCACUCCCAAAACUCACUCCCAUCCAACUUGCUUACCAAACUAAGAUCCUAGAUGCUACAAUGCAAUGCACUUAAGACUCUAGACCGAGAACCAUCUGGGCUUUGAUCGUGCAAGUAACAUGAGGAAGAAGGAGCUUUGAUUCUAGGUUCAUCUGUUGCUUGCUGACAUUCAAUAUUCGACAGCUAGGCAGACUAAAUGAGUAAGUUUGAAACAAAUUUUCCUUGGUGAUUCCGUUCAGAAUCUUAUGCUGGGAUUUGGAUCCAUUCAACAGUCAAAGAAUGUCAGUUAGGGAAUUCCAUACUUAAGGAUGGUUUAUAGAAACCUACAGAAAUGCAAAUUCAAAGCAGUACCAAUGCCUAGGUAUUUGUUAUUAGUGAUUCUCUUGAUGGAAUCAAUGGUUUUACAGGGAACCUUGGCCCCCUAAGGCCCAAGCCCUCCAAAAUCUACAAGUCAUUGAUAGAAUUCUGUGCUA